CAACACUUGCCUUACCAAACACAAAAAUUACAAAUAAUUUCCAAGAAAUAGAGAUGAAAAAUAAUACAAACAGAAUAAACACAAACUUUUCCCCUUUCAACGCCACACGCCUUCCACCAUUUUUGACCACAGAGCUCCUAAAAUCCCCAAUUCAUAUCUCCUUCAAACAUUACAAAUUUAGGGUUAGGGUUUUUGGGAGCUCGAAUUUGUUGUUGUCGUCAGCAAAUGGCUAUUCCAACCGCAUUUUCCGGUGCCAAGCUAGAGUCUUUGUCAUCAUCGGCGGCAGUGACUUCUCCGGCGUCAAUUGGGUUGUUCUGCAAACCGGGACGCGUCAGAAGGUUGUCAAAUCAAAAGGGUUUGUUCAAUUCGGGGAUCAGGUGUGAAGUUGCAGCAUCUGAUGUUUUGGAUCAAAGUCAGAGUUCUGGAAAUGUGACUUCGUCUUCAAGCCUUUCUGCUCUUGAACAACUCAAGGCCUCAGCUGCUGACAGAUAUACUAAGGAGAGGAGCAGUAUCGUUGUCAUUGGGCUCAGUAUCCACACUACACCUGUUGAAGUACGUGAAAAACUGGCUAUUCCUGAAGCAGAGUGGCCGAGAGCCAUUGGGGAGCUCUGCAAUUUGAAUCAUAUUGAAGAAGCUGCAGUUCUUAGUACCUGUAACAGGAUGGAGAUUUAUGUUGUGGCUCUUUCUCAACAUCGUGGCGUUAAAGAAGUUACCGAGUGGAUGUCAAAGACAAGUGGAGUCCCUGUUACAGAGAUUUGUAAGCACCGCUUUUUACUGUAUAAUAAUGAUGCGACACAGCACAUCUUUGAAGUAUCAGCUGGGCUAGACUCCUUGGUCUUAGGGGAAGGUCAAAUCCUUGCUCAAGUCAAGCAAGUAGUCAAGGUUGGUCAAGGAGUUACAGGCUUUGGAAGGAACAUUAGUGGACUAUUCAAGCAUGCAAUCACAGUCGGAAAGAGGGUUAGAACUGAAACAAACAUUGCGGCCGGGGCAGUUUCUGUUAGUUCAGCUGCUGUGGAGUUGGCUCUGAUGAAGCUUCCUGAAUCCUGCCAUGCUACUGCUAGUAUGCUUGUUAUUGGAGCAGGCAAGAUGGGGAAACUUGUGAUUAAGCACUUGGCAGCCAAGGGAUGCACAAAGAUGGUUGUUGUAAACAGAAGCGAGGAUAGAGUUUCUGCCAUUCGUGAAGAGAUGAAAGAUGUCGAGAUAAUCUACAAGCCCCUCAGUGAAAUGCUCAACUGUGCUGCUGAAGCUGAUGUUAUUUUCACAAGCACCGCAUCAGAAACCCCACUGUUUAUUAAAGAGCAUGUUCUAGAUCUUCCACCUGUUGCUGCAAAUGUUGGAGCUUUAAGGCUUUUCAUUGACAUCUCAGUUCCUAGGAAUGUUGGUGCUUGUGUGAAUGAGCUAGAGAAUGCACGGGUGUACAAUGUAGAUGAUCUAAAAGAGGUGGUGGCAGCUAAUAAGGAGGACCGUCUUCGUAAAGCAAUGGAAGCUCAAGCAAUUAUUUCUGAAGAAUCCAAACAAUUUGAAGCUUGGAGGGAUUCCCUGGAGACUGUUCCCACCAUCAAAAAACUGAGGGCUUAUGCAGAAAGAAUAAGGGUUGCUGAACUGGAGAAGUGCAUGUCAAAAAUGGGCGAUGAUAUCUCAAAGAAGACAAAGAAGGCUGUUGAUGAUCUUAGUCGUGGUAUAGUUAACAAGCUCCUUCAUGGUCCCAUGCAACACCUAAGAUGUGAUGGAAGUGACAGCCGCACAUUGAGUGAGACCCUUGAGAAUAUGCAUGCUCUAAAUAGGAUGUUCAGCCUUGAGACAGAUAUAUCUGUAUUGGAACAGAAAAUCCGAGCUAAAGUGGAGCAAACUCAAAAAUAAGGUGAAUCUCUCAAGCUUAUUCCUUUGAAAAUUCUCUCAGAGCCUCAACUGAAUAAGAGGAAGAAUUCCUCAAUUGUAUUUUCUGUUGGCGCUACUGUAAAUUCUCAUUGAAAUGCAUAGACAGGAAAUGAUCCCUUACCGAGAUCUUUCCUGUAGAUUUAAUUUUGUCAAAGACAUAUGCAAACCUCUGAUUGUGGAUUCCUCGUGUCUUAAGAGUACAUUUUGUAUGUAGCCGUUCUAUCGAUGUUAUUAGUUGAAGUUAUAUCCUUGUAACGAAUGAUUCAUGGGAGAGAUCCAUAUACCCCUUCCACAAACAGCUCUCUAGCCUUGUAACAUAUUCACUGAUUCAUUUACUGUGAUGAUUAUUACGUUGAUGUAUUAAUUUCA